AUGGCACCCAAGAGGAGUCCAGGAAGCUGCAGCAGCAGCAGCAGGAAUAGCAUCAGGACGAUGCAGGAUAGAAUUCGGUGGCUAAUUGCCAACGCUCCAACAUUGCUUAUGAUGUUGGAGCAUGUCUCCUGGGCCAUGGAGGCCAUCAAUUCACUGCCAUCGCUGCCACCACUUGCUGCCAUGCAGCAAUUAUAUGAAGGAAUUAGGCCAGGAAGCUCUUCGCCCAGCACUGCCCGCCGAGAGAGUCCAAGCUCGUCGUCCAGCACUGCCCGCCGAGAGAGUCCAAGCUCGUCGUCCAGCACUGCCCGCCGAGAGAGUCCAAGCUCGUCGUCCAGCACUGCCCGCCGAGAGAGUCCAAGCUCGUCGUCCAGCACUGCCCGCCGAGAGAGUCCAAACUCGUCGUCCAGCACUGCCCGCCGAGAGAGUCCAAGCUCGUCGUCCAGCACUGCCCGCCGAGAGAGUCCAAGCUCGUCGUCCAGCACUGCCCGCCGAGAGAGUCCAAGCUCGUCGUCCAGCACUGCCCGCCGAGAGAGGCCAAGCUCUCAGCCCAGUACUGCCCGCCGAGAGGGGCCUUCAGCUGGACCGAGCACAUCAGCGAGUACUAGGCCCAGUCGUCCGGCGGAUAAGAGGACAAGCUCGAAGAGGUCGAGCUCCUCCUCGAGCUCUAGUUCGAGCUCCAGCACCUCAUAUAGUUGCGAGUCAUGCAAGUCGGUGAAGAGCAUGAGGGAUUUAAAACCGAUUCCGAAAAAAGCAAAAUUGGAUGGUGAUUCAAAAACUGAGAAUCCGUCAAGUCGCGGGCUGCUUAGUUUGAAGAAACUAAGCAGUAGCAGUGGCAUGCAGCCCAUAACUCAACAGCAACAACAGCAGCAACCACGGCAGCAACAACAGCAGCAGCAGCAGCAACAACAACAGCAGCAACAACAGCAGCAGCAGCAACGACAGCAACAGCAGCAGCAACAACAGCAGCCGCAACAUCAGCAGCAGCAGCAACAUCAGCAGCGGCAGCAAAAACAAAGGAAUGUUCCGCGAAUUAUCGAUAUGGAGAUUGUGAUCGACCCUAUCGAUGUAACAAAAUUUAAAAAAAAAAAAGUAAUUUUUGUGUCAACGUACACAUAA